AUGGCCGUGGACACUACUCAACCGGAGUACUGGCUCAACUGGAGGUUCUUGCUGUGCGUGCUCUGGGUCUACUCCUGCAUGGCCUUGGCGUUCUUCUUGAUUUGGAAGUAUGAGGGGCCCAGUUCACCAGACAGCAAUGGCGAUAACAGUGAAGACAGAGAAGAGGCGUUACCACGGACCGCACCCGGUGUUGUUUAUCUUGAAGAUUGCUGGAAGACAUGCAUUGAGGGGAUCCACCCUGGCUGGCUGCUGGCGUUUCGCCUUGUGGCCUUCUUCGUUUUGGCUUCGCUGCUUGUGGUCGACAUCGUUACUGAUGGAUGGAGUAUCUUCCUGUACUACACACAGUGGACAUUCUUGCUUGUCACCUUGUAUUUUGGGCUUGGAUCAUUGCUUUCGAUUUACGGAUGCUAUCAGUAUGUUUACAAUAUCGGUGGGGAUACAUAUGAUCUGGUAAGAUCUGGUGCAGAUCAUGGCACAUAUAUGACAGCUCCAACAGCAGAAAGUGCAUAUGACCCUACAAUCAAAAUUUCUUAUUACACUAAAGCAAACAAUGGUCGAGCAGGAUUUUGGGGUUAUAUGUUCCAGAUCAUGUUUCAGACAAAUGCAGGUGCUGUGAUGAUUACAGAUUUGGUGUUCUGGUUUAUUUUGUACCCUUUCCUUGCCCACAAUCAGUAUGAGAUGAAUUUUAUUCUGAUUGGGACACAUUCAAUCAACGUUGUCUUCAUAGUUGGUGAUGCUGCUCUAAACAAACUGCAUUUCCCAUGGUUUAGGAUAGCAUACUUCCUGCUGUGGACAGGCAUUUUUGUUAAUGUUCAGUGGAUCGUCCAUGCUAACGUGUCAACAUGGUGGCCUUACCCAUUUCUAGACUUGACAUUCCCUGGUGCUCCUGUAUGGUACCUGGUGGUGGUACUGCUGCACUUCCCGUGCUACGCUCUAUUCACCCUGGUGCUGAGGCUCAAGCAUAUUUUGUUGGAAAGUUGGUUCCCUCAAACUUACGUGACGUAA